AUGACAACAAAUUCAGUCUCAGAAGAUAUAAAGACUGUAACUAUCGCUACAAUUAAAACUACAGAUCUCGAGAACCUUAAUUAUGGAGUCGAAAUUACUAAUAAUAAGCUCGACGAUAUACAAUCCACCAUAAUAAAAAAUAAAACUAUAGGUGGAGCGCAUGCACAAAAUGUCAAAUUGAGUGAUCCUCCAACAGGACAUUAUAAUCGUGGUUCAGUCGUUAAGAAAUAUUAUUUGGGAGUAAUACCGGGAUAA